AUGGAAUCCAGAGAGCCACCGUCGCAGCAGCAGCAGCAGCUUCCGCCGCCGCAUCUUCAACAACACCACCACCAUCACCAGCAGCUCCACCACCUGCACCACCACCAGCAGGCUGCGGCGGCGAACAUGAUGUUGGGUCCCAACCCUUCCUCCUACCAAACCAUGAUCAACCCCAACUCGGCGGCGGCCGGAUUUCCUUUCAAUUCCAUGCCCGUGCGCCCUCCUCCUCCUCCACCACCUCCUCAAUCGAAGCCGCCUUCUUCCUCCGACGGGGGACUGAACGCCGGCUCCUUCGACGGAUCGUCCCCGACCUCGUCCGGUAUGAGGUUCAGCAUCGAGCCUGCAAAGAAGAAGCGCGGGAGGCCGAGGAAGUACACUCCCGACGGCAACAUUGCUCUCGGUUUGACGCCAACCCCUAUUUCGUCUUCAGCGGCUUCAGUAGGUCAUGUGGAGUCCGGCGGGGGCGCGGGUACUCCUCCCGGCUUGUCCUCCUCCGACGGUCCUGCUAAACGGCACCGUGGGAGGCCGCCGGGUUCUGUGAAGAGGCAGCUUGAUGCACUAGGAGGAGUCGGAGGCAUAGGGUUUACGCCUCAUGUAAUCUUGGUGCAAGCCGGCGAGGAUAUUGCUUCAAAGAUUUAUUCUUUUUCCCAGCAAGGCCCGAGAACUGUAUGUAUUCUCUCAGCAAAUGGGGCCAUAUGCAAUGUGACCCUUCGCCAACCUGCAGUGACUGGUGGCACUGUGACAUAUGAGGGGCGAUUUGAAAUAAUUUCUUUAUCGGGUUCCUUCUGGCUUUCUGAAAAUAAUGGUAAUAGGAGUAGACAUGGCGAUUUGAGUGUUUCAUUGGCCGGAUCAGAUGGUCGAGUUUUGGGUGGUGGAGUAGCUGGAAUGUUAAUGGCAGCAACACCUGUGCAGGUCAUAGUGGGCAGCUUUGUCGCCGAAGGCAAACAAUCAACCCCCGAAGAAUCUAAAUCUGGACCCUCAUUGGCACCCACGUCCCAGAUGUUGAAUUUCAGAGCACCGGUGUCAGAAUCCAGCCCUCCUUUUCAAGGAGGGUCUAGCGAGUCAUCCGAUGAUCAUGGUAGUAGCUCCUUGAACCGAGGUGGCCCUGGAAUGUACGGCAAUGCAGGUCAAUCCCUUCACAGCAUGCAGAUGUACCAAGUCUUGGCUGGCCAAAAUCCUCAAUGA